AUGACCAGACCACAGCAGGCUACCACAGAGACCAGACCACAGCAGGCUACCACAGAGACCAGACCACAGCAGGCUACCACAGAGACCAGACCACAGCAGGCUACCACAGAGACCAGACCACAGCAGGACCACAGAGACCAGACCCAGAGACCACAGCAGGCUACCACAGAGACCAGACCACAGCAGGCUACCACAGACCAGACCAGCAGGAGACCAGACCACAGCACAGCAGCAGGCUACCACAGAGACCAGACCACAGCAGGCUACCACAGAGACCAGACCACAGCAGGCUACCACAGAGACCAGACCACAGCAGGCUACCACAGAGACCAGACCACAGCAGGCUACCACAGAGACCAGACCACAGCAGGCUACCACAGAGACCAGACCACAGCAGGCUACCACAGAGACCAGACCACAGCAGGCUACCACAGAGACCAGACCACAGCAGGCUACCACAGAGACCAGACCACAGCAGGCUACCACAGAGACCAGACCACAGCAGGCUACCACAGAGACCAGACCACAGCAGGCUACCACAGAGACCAGACCACAGCAGGCUACCACAGAGACCAGACCACAGCAGGCUACCACAGAGACCAGACCACAGCAGGCUACCACAGAGACCAGACCACAGCAGGCUACCACAGAGACCAGACCACAGCAGGCUACCACAGAGACCAGACCACAGCAGGCUACCACAGAGACCAGACCACAGCAGGCUACCACAGAGACCAGACCACAGCAGGCUACCACAGAGACCAGACCACAGCAGGCUACCACAGAGACCAGACCACAGCAGGCUACCACAGAGACCAGACCACAGCAGGCUACCACAGAGACCAGACCACAGCAGGCUACCACAGAGACCAGACCACAGCAGGCUACCACAGAGACCAGACCACAGCAGGCUACCACAGAGACCAGACCACAGCAGGCUACCACAGAGACCAGACCACAGCAGGCUACCACAGAGACCAGACAGAGGCUACCAGACCACAGAGGCUACCCAGACCACAGCAGGCUACCACAGAGACCAGACCACAGCAGGCUACCACAGAGACCAGACCACAGCAGGCUACCACAGAGACCAGACCACAGCAGGCUACCACAGAGACCAGACCACAGCAGGCUACCACAGAGACCAGACCACAGCAGGCUACCACAGAGACCAGACCACAGCAGGCUACCACAGAGACCAGACCACAGCAGGCUACCACAGAGACCAGACCACAGCAGGCUACCACAGAGACCAGACCACAGCAGGCUACCACAGAGACCAGACCACAGCAGGCUACCACAGAGACCAGACCACAGCAGGCUACCACAGAGACCAGACCACAGCAGGCUACCACAGAGACCAGACCACAGCAGGCUACCACAGAGACCAGACCACAGCAGGCUACCACAGAGACCAGACCACAGCAGGCUACCACAGAGACCAGACCACAGCAGGCUACCACAGAGAAUACAUCGUCAUCGUCAUCUCCUUCGUAA